CAAGCAACUGUUGUAGUAAUGGCUGUUUGAUGCAAAGUUUUAAUAGUAUAGGUGUGUCAUACUAAGUAAAGUUAAUACACUUUUAUAAUUGUGGUUUAUUUUAAAAAAGCUUCCUAUGCUAUUUAAAAUUUUUAUUUAAUGAGAUACUUCUGGCUGUGAAAAUAUUAAAUUGACAAAAUGGUUGAAACUCCUCCGCCAAAAGCUAGAUCAUCAUCAUACCUCUUAGUUGGAGGUAUAUUUGCUUUUCUGGCUUCCAUUAUCCUUUUCAUUUCGUUCUGUAGUCCCUACUGGAUGGAAUCAUAUCCUGAAACAUAUUCUGAAUUUGUUCGUAUGGGGCUCUGGAAUUUUUGCUUUAAAAAUUAUCGUCAUCCAUCAUAUCAGUAUGAUGAACUUUUUGAUGGCUGUCAUUGGGUUUUCAGUUAUAAGUAUCAGAACAUCAGAGAUUGGAUGCAACCAGCAUGGCUCAUAUUUGUGCAAGCUGUUAUGUCUCUGUCAGUCAUAUUUGCAUUAUUAGCCUUGAUCUUUAUCAGUGUUAUUCUUAUGCGCUUUUUAAUUAAACUGGAAGUAUUUUUCAUUGGAGCUGCAUUUGUUUGUGAAGCAAUUAUAAGUGUCAUCAUGUUUUUGGGAGUCAGUGUAUUUGGAGGUAUGUGUUACAACAGAUCAUGGCUGCAGUAUCCAUCUUUCAAUCACCUCUCUUGGGCAUAUGGACUCGCAGUUGUAUCAAUGUUUUUCCAUAUGUUUUCUGCUGCUUAUUUGUAUGCAGAUACCAAAAGAGCUCAAGACUACAGACGACGUGCAAGCAAUUUAGUAUAUAAUAUGCAGCCAAGAUUUUGAAUCUUGAAUGUACAUCAUGUACUAUUGCUGCACAUCAGCAUUUACAAUACAUUCCAUAAUCUCAUUGCAUUUUUUAAUGAUAAAUCAUUUUUAGAUUGUUUUUAUAUAGCAUAUAAUUUGUUAAAUUGGUGGUAUUUGUACAUUUAGGAUGGUCUUAUUUUUCUUAAGAUGUGAUGCAAUUAACACUGAUAAAUAUAUACAUUUUUCUAUAAAUGUCACUUUUAAUGGUGUUUGUAUCAAAGUGUUUCAGAAAUCUCUUUCCUGAAGAUCAUUUUUCUAUAUUGCACUGUAUUUUCUAUUUUGGUAAAAAUAUUUUUGUUUUCUCUUACACGUCCAACUUUUAUUUGUAUAUAAAGAUCUGAUUUUUAUAGAAUAUUUUUCUUUUA